UCUCAAAAGGCGAAAGAAUCGACGCAUAAUUAACGAGGAGAGGGGCAGAGGGGGAUGCAUGUGAGCUGUCGAGGAUUCCAUGGAGCUCACUCACUACGUCCGCACACUCUUUACUCACGGCUCCGUCCCUCGCUCUCGAGAGUUAUGACGGAGAAGACCGUCGGAGGAAUUGAUGGCUCGGUUAGAACAUUCGCACCUUUUUUCGAAUUCUUGAGUCGCUCCAUGGCUCGUGCCCUAUCCUCCGCUCUGGAGUGAGGACGAGCGGUGGCAGAGAGCGUCCGUGCACGAGUUAUUGAGCGGACAGGGUGUCAGGGCAGUCCGAAAGGUUCGACAGCCAUCGAGUCCUGGAAGCCGGGAUGCGGUCGAACUCCCCCGUGGACUCCGAGUUCAUUGCGGCAUUGGCGGUGGGCCUUUUGACGAAAGCCUGGCUGCUUUCGUCGUGAAGAAUGGAGGAUUCCCACAAAGAGAUGGCAGAUUUUAUCAGCAGAAGCCGUGAGUCAAAUUGAGGGUGGCUAUUGGCCACGGAGAUUGUGGAAUUCGAGCAAUGGGGUGUUUUGGAUUUGUGUCUCACGUUCAAAAGUUUGUGCCAUGGAGAGUACGAGUUCGAGCUUCGAAACGGCCGUGCUAGAAAGCGGGGAAGCUUGAAGGCGGGGUCGAUUGCUUGCCCGUCUCUCGUUCGGUUGCAGGGCUCGGAUCACCAGAGUGUGACGAGAUGGCGUUGCGUCCGCUUCCACUGGACUCAUGCAUAGGGUUUGCGGGCAUGGUGCCGUGCAGCCUUUUGCUCAGUCCCGACAAGAGCAUGAUAAUUUAUCCCCUCGGCACUACGAUCGUCUUGCGCAAUCGAAACAAUAUGCGUUCACAGGAGUUUCUGCAAGGCCACACGAAUCGAGUCUCGGUCGUAGCUUGCUCAAAGUCCGGGAGGUAUCUUGCCAGUGGUCAGCUUUCACACCAAGGUUUCAGUGCCGCAAUCAUCAUAUGGGACUUACCCGGUCGCAAAAAGCUUCAUGAGAUGAGCCUUCAUAAGGUCAAGGUUCAAGCUCUGGAUUUCUCGUGUGAUGAUGAGUAUCUAAUAUCAUCUGGUGGACAAGAUGAUUGCAAGUUGGUGGCUUGGAGAGUAAGUACUGGCAUUGCAAUUUGUGGCAGUCCUGUGCCGCUUGACUUUGCAACGGCAGUGAAGUUCGUUAACAAUGAUCCUCACAAACUUGUCACUGCUGGAGAUUUCAAGCUUAUUGUGUGGGAGUUGGAUGUACCCAAUCGGAUGCUGGAGCCCCAAUUUUGUGAUGUGGGACGUUUCAGGCGCAUUCACACAUCAUUGGUGAUCGAUGCAAAAGAUGAGUUCAUGUAUGUGGCAACACACACAGGGGACAUAUUGCGAGUGAGCUUAGGCCCAAAGCUCUUUCGAAACGGGGGUCCAAAACCCAUCAUAGAACUGGGAGUUAUGUCCAUUUGCUCAACGCAGCACGGGCAUCUGCUAGCAGGUGGCGGUGACGGUUCACUCACACUACUUGAAAAUGAAACCUUACGAAUAAUGGAGCGUUGUAAAUUGGUCGGUGCUGUUUCCUCGGUGGUUCUCGCCGAAACACAUGGAAAUUCUUUUGCCUGCUAUGCCGGGACCAAUAAAAGCAACAUCUAUCUGAUCAAAUACGAUGGGAGGAAACAGAAGUUCAUGCCUCCAGAGCUGGUGCAGUCUUGUCAUUACAACAAAAUCAACGACAUUGCCUUCCCAGCAGGCUAUAGCGAUGUUUUUGCGACCGCCUCGACCAAUGACGUCCGAAUGUGGGACGUCAGAGACCUCAAGGAGCUCCUUCGUAUUCAGGUUCCCAAUGAAUGGUGUGAUUACAAAGACUCAGCAAAUCAGGAGUGCCUAUGUCUAGCAUUCAUGCCUGAUGGAAAAUCUAUAAUUACAGGUUGGGCUGAUGGUAAAAUUCGAGCCUUCGGACCACAAACAGGAAAGCUCCAAUACACCAUCGUUGAUGCGCAUUCCACGGCUGGUAAAAAUAAAGCGUUUCAAGGAGUUACAGCAUUAUGCCCUACUUCGGAUAGUUGUCGUAUUGUUAGCGGUGGUGUUGAAGGGAGGGUACGGGUUUGGAGAGUUGGCAACCAAAGCCACUCUUUGAUUGCGUCCAUGAAAGAGCAUAGAGGAGCCAUAAGCGGUGUUCAAGUGCGCAAGAAUGACACCGAAUGCAUAAGUUGCAGCAGCGACGGAUCAUGCAUUAUUUGGGAUCUCACGAGGUUUGCGAGGAAUAACAGCUUCUAUGCAUCCACUUUCUUCAAAGCUGCCAUGUACCAUCCUGAUGAAAGUCAACUCCUCACCACCGGAACUGACCGGAAGAUAACAUGGUGGGAUGCGUAUGAUUGUCAACCUAUACGUAUUUUGGAUGGAUCACUCACAUCAGAAGUGUACUCGAUCGAUAUCAGUCCAGAUGGUGCUGGUAUGGUCAGUGCUGGUGUAGACCGUGAAGUCAAGUUGUGGAACUACGAUGAAGGCCACAACUACUUCGUUGGGCAUGGACACAGUGAGCCUAUUACCAAGGUAAGGGUGAGCCCAGAUCAGCAGAAAAUCAUAUCGGUUGGAGAAGAGGGAGCAAUUUUGAUAUGGGACUACAGAAAGCCAGUUUCAAACUCUCCUCCAGAGGGUAAAGAGAAAGAAAAAGAGAAAGGGAAAGAACAGGAAAGCAAAUCUCUGUGCUCAUCCCCGACCGCUCCUCCUUCACCACCAAAUCAACCCGAUUCUCCCUGUCCCAAAUCACCCAGUUCCAAAACUCCAAGUUCAUGCCUUUCCACCUCAUCAUCUAAGUCGAGGAGAAAGUCCACCUUGCACAUAAGGAUGAAGUGCCCCAAAGAAAAGACAUCACACAAAGAAUGCUUCACCCCUAAGAACACCGAAGAUUGCACCCAGCUUUAGCUCAAUAUCAGCAGACUCUAGGCACGAGCACUAGUUGAUGAAAAAAGGGCGAUUUUUUUGUGCUGUAUCGCAAAUCGACACCAACCGAUCUUCAUUAACGGCGUUAGCUAUCAGAAUGUGUGAGAACUUUCAAAAUGUAAGGAAAUGAGUAUACCAUCUGCAGUGUAUAGG